AUGGUCGACUGUUCUGGCCUCCCUUCAAAGAAGUUCUAUUUCGAAUCCCAUGAUAAGUACUUAUGUGUAGUGAACAUUGAAAAUAAGGAAAAAAAUAUUUUAAGAAUUUAUAAUUCGGAAGACUUAAAGAUAGAAAAAGAGAAGGAAUAUAUUAAUGAUAAAUCAGUAAUAGAAAAUGAAAAUAAAAGUCGGUUUUGGUUUUUUGGCUGUUUAGGAAUAAUUAAAGCAGAGAAUACCAAUUUUUUAGUAGUAGUUUCGGACGCAGAAAUUAUAUGUUACUUAUUUAAUCGCACAAUAUAUCAAAUAAAAAAAAUAUCCUUUAUUCAAUUAAAUUAUGAAGAAGAAUUUACUAACAGUGUUAAAGAAAAAUGUUUAUAUGAAAUAUACUCCUUGGGCAGGAAUGGGAAAUUGACCAAAUUAAACAAUAACUCGAAAAGAGAGAGUAAAAAAUUUUUUUGUAACAGAAAAUUAAAGACGCAGAAUUAUGUGAAUACAUUAUUUGAUUCGAGUAAUUUAUUUUUGGAAAACUGCAUGUUCAAAUGUAAUAAAUUUUAUUAUAACGAAAUGUAUAUUCAUAAAAUUAAAAACAGUACCUUAAAAAAUGAUACGUUAAAAACGAUAAUAUAUUUUAUGCAUGCUUUUAAUAAAGGACCCUUUUAUUUUUCUUAUUAUUAUAAUUUGACAGUAUCUCUUCAAAGAUACUACAUAAAUGAGUCAGAAAAAAGGAAUGAAAAUAGUAUGACAAAAUGUGAAGAAAACAAUUCUGCACAUGUUCAGGCUGCUGACCACAUUUUAUGUACUAAUAGUACAAAAGGAGCAUUCCCCAUUUUUGAUAAAUUACAAUUUAGAGAGAUUAAUGAAGAGUAUACAUGGAACUGGAAACUACUAAACAGUUUUGUCAAAUUAGAUGCCCCUGAAUUUGUUGUAUUUUUGACCCAUGGAUAUAUAAAUUCAAAUGUGAUCCAUACAGAAAAUAGUAAAAUAAUAUUAUAUUUAAUUUCAAGAAAAAACAAAAACAGGAGUGGUGUAAGAUUUUGGUGUAGAGGAGGAAAUGACAAAGGAGAUGUAGCUAAUUUUGUUGAAACAGAGCAAAUUGUAAUUUGUAAAAAUAAAGAAAGAACAAAUGUGUUUAGUUAUAUAUUAGUUAGAGGUUCUAUACCUGUCUUAUGGAAACAACAGCCAACUUUAAGUUUUAGACCAAAAAUACAUAUUAAUCCGGAUAUGAAUGAAAAUACACAAAUAGUUAGGUUACAUAUGGAAAAAUUGAAAAAUACCUAUGGGAAAAUUUCUAUUACUAAUUUAAUUAAUAAAAAAUUUGGUGAAAAAUAUUUAGGACAAUGUUUUGAAAAUUGCUUAAACAGAUGUAAUGUACAGCAUAAUUAUACAUGGUUUGAUUUUCAUAGUGAAUUUAAAAAAUUGAAAUUUGAAUGUUUACAAAGAACAUUAAAAACAGUAUAUAACGAUUUACAGGAUUUUUCCUAUUUUUCUUUUUCUAUACCAAAUGGUAUUAAUUACAAUUUAGAGCAUGGAGAAGCAUAUCCCUCAUGGUCAAGUAUAAAAAUUGAUACAUUUCAGAAUGGAAUAUUUCGAGUAAAUUGUAUAGACUGUUUAGAUAGGACAAACGUUUUUCAAAGUUUUUUAGCUAAAUAUGUUUUAUAUUUACAGCUAAAAAGUAUAGACAUAAAAUUAUAUGAACAAAAUACUUUCCCAUUUUAUUUCUUUAAAAAUGUAUAUGACGAAUUAACUUAUCGUAAAAUUUGGAUAUACAAUGCUAACGCUAUAAGUAUUAUAUAUAGUGGAGCAGGUGCAUUGAAAAAUGACAUAACACAAAAUGGGAAAAGAACAAUUAGUGGCUUGUUUGAAGAUUUAUGUCAUGUUUUAUUACGAUAUAUAAAUAAUAAUUUUCUAGAUGGAUAUAAUAAUGAUUGUAUUAAUUUAGCUACUAAUGAAAAUAUAAAAUAUCCUAUUAAUUUUCUUACUUUUCAUAGAGGUAAAUAUAAUCAAAUAAUGCAAGUAUUCAUCGAAUUUGUUAUAAUUUUUUCUACAGCUAUAUGUACUAGCCCUGUACAAAAAUUAUUAAAGUGGGUUUAUUUCUUUUCCCAUAAUAUAACCCAAACCAUGAUUUCACAAAGUGUUAAUUAUAUUUUUUUUUUUAUAAGGAGAAAUUUUCAUUUUUUUUUAUUUCCAUAUAAUCAAGCCAAGUAUUUCCAUUUUAUAUCCAUUUUAGCAAAAACGUCUGGUAUUAUGUCCACGUCCUUUUUAGUUUUUUUGUUUUUUUGUUUUUAUGUUUUCACUCAAAAAAGAAGAGUCAUUUCGGCGCCAAUGUUGCGAACAACCCUAUGA